GUCAUAGCUGGGUCCUGGAGCAGAACUGAGGAGCCCUGGGAAGUCACAAAGUUUGUGUUUGGAGCGAUAGUGGAAAGUGGGCUUAUUGCGAAGGGAUUUUCUUGGGAUGAGAGCUGAUCUCCUGCCUUCAUUUUGGAUGCGCGCCCUGCUUUAACCCCCCUCACCCCCCCAGCCUUCAGCCAGAUCCCUGGACAGCCUGUCUCUCCCGGCAGUUCUCAGACUUCCGAGGACACCGGACGGGAGCCCUUGGCAGUUCUCCCUCAGGCAGAGCAGAGAACGUUUUUCCUUUCUAAGUGCAUAAGCUUCACGCACACGCGCACACACGCACACACGCGCACACACCCCGCGGAGCCGGACCUUAGCCUCCGAGGCGGCUCUGCCCGCUCCCCUCCUGCCCUCAGCAUCCUCGGCCCAGCGUCCUUCGGACCAGCAUGGAGGUGCUGGAGAGCGGGGAGCAGAGCGUCCUGCAGUGGGACCGCAAGCUGAGCGAGCUGUCAGAGCCCGGGGAAACCGAGGCUCUUAUGUACCACACGCACUUCUCAGAACUCCUGGAUGAGUUUUCCCAGAACGUGUUGGGUCAGCUCCUGAAUGACCCUUUCCUCUCAGAGAAGAGCGUGUCGAUGGAGGUGGAGCCAUCCCCAACAUCCCCGGCGCCUCUCAUCCAGGCCGAGCACAGCUACUCCCUGUGUGAGGAGCCUCGGGCCCAGUCACCAUUCACCCACGUUACCACCGGUGACAGCGUCCAUGACGAUGAAGUGGAAAGUGAGAAAUGGUACCUGUCUACAGACUUUCCAUCAACAACCAUCAAGACAGAGCCAAUUACAGAGGAGCCACCCCCAGGACUUGUUCCCUCUGUCACUCUGACCAUCACUGCCAUCUCCACCCCUUUUGAGAAGGAGGAACCCCCCCUGGAAAUGAAUACUGGGGUUGAUUCCUUGUGCCAGACCGUUAUUCCUAAAAUUAAGCUGGAGCCUCAUGAAGUGGAUCAGUUCCUCAACUUCUCUCCUAAAGAAGCCUCCGUGGAACACUUGCACUUACCUCCCACCCCUCCCAGCAGCCACAGCAGUGACUCAGAGGGCAGCCUGAGCCCCAACCCGCGCCUGCACCCCUUUGGCCUGCCUCAGACCCACAGCCCCGCCAGAGCCGUGGCCCGGGCCCCCUCGGCCCUGUCCAGCUCUCCUCUCCUCACAGCGCCUCACAAACUUCAAGGAUCAGGCCCACUGGUCCUGACAGAAGAGGAGAAGAGGACCCUGAUCGCCGAGGGCUAUCCCAUCCCCACCAAAUUGCCUCUAACAAAAUCAGAGGAGAAGGCUCUGAAGAAAAUUCGGAGGAAAAUCAAGAACAAGAUUUCUGCCCAGGAAAGUAGGAGAAAGAAGAAAGAAUACAUGGACAGCUUGGAGAAAAAGGUGGAGUCUUGUUCAACUGAGAACUUGGAGCUUCGGAAGAAGGUAGAGGUUCUGGAGAACACUAACAGAACUCUCCUGCAGCAACUGCAGAAGCUUCAGACUUUGGUGAUGGGCAAGGUUUCACGCACCUGCAAGUUGGCGGGCACGCAGACUGGCACGUGCCUCAUGGUGGUUGUGCUAUGCUUUGCUGUUGCAUUUGGCAGCUUUCAGGGCUACGGGCCCUAUCCUUCUGCCACCAAGAUGGCUCUGCCCAGCCAGCAUUCUGUGCAGGAGCCGUAUACAGCCUCUGUCGUGAGAUCCAGGAAUCUGCUGAUCUACGAGGAACAUUCUCCCCUGGAGGAGCCAUCCAGCCCAGCCUCGGCUGGGGAGCUUGGGCACUGGGACAGAGGGUCCUCUCUGCUCAGGGCAUCAGGGUUGGAGACCAGGCCUGAUGUGGAUCUUCCCCAUUUCAUUAUCUCCAAUGAGACCAGCCUGGAGAAAUCAGUGCUGUUGGAGCUACAGCAGCACUUGGUCAGCGCCAAACUGGAGGGGAACGAGACACUAAAAGUUGUAGAACUCGACAGAAGAGUGAACGCCACCUUCUGAAGAGCCUGUCUCCACCUCCCUCUUUCUCUUCACUCUGCUUUCCCGUCCCCAAACCACCUCUGUCAUAAGCUUUUCCUUUUUGCCUUUGAUCUGGAUGAAGACAUGGGCGAGCGGUCGUGGCUUUGGUUGGGAGGACAGCCUGGGAUUUCCACCUGCGGUGAGAGAGCACCUUCCCCUCCAUUCCAUUCCCCCCUGAAGAGGGGAGCCCGGCAUCCCUCCCUCCCUCCUGUGUACUGCCAUAGGAAAAUAUUUUAGGAUCGUGGCUGGGACAAGCAGGCUCGUUUCUACCAAUAGUGCCAAAAAGAUACUGCCUGAUUUUCAUGGUGGGGUGUGACCACCUCUUUGAAGAAGAGGUGACUCUUGUUCCUGUGAGACUGCAGACUCCAGCCACAAAAAUACCAGAAUGCCUGUUGGGAUCUGGCAAAGCCCUGACUGACGGCCUGCCUUCCUCCGCCUGGGGCUCCGGUGUGCCUGCCCGCGACAGCCCCGGAGGUGCCCGUGCCUUCAGUGAGCACCCCUGACACCCUGCGCCAUCAGAGCCCUCGCAGAUUGUCCUUCCCGCACUGGAGCGAGGGCUCCCCCUUCCCCAUUCUCAGGCCGCAAGUGCAAUGCCUGAAAGAAUCAGGCUUUUCUACUCCAGGCGAACCUGCCCCAUCUUGUUGCUUGUAGGGCAUCCCCACAACCUGCGUCCCCACAUACCCAUAGGUCUGCCUCCCUGGCUUCUCCUCCCCAUUUGUAAAUAGUAUUUAUUAGCUCGCUGAGGCUUCCCCACUAGCAACCACACUGAAAAGAUCCGACGCCUCCCUCCAAAGUGGCCUUUGGAGCGAGGAGGGCACCCUAAGCUCUGGGAUCCCCAAUCCUCCAGAUGGUGUUUUUGUUUUUGUUUUUUUAUUUUUCCAUUUUCUUCUUUUUCUUCCUCUUCCUCCUCCUUCUUCACCUGGAGGCCUGUCAUUAUAAUUGGGAAGUCCCCUUAAGCUUGUGUCCUCCUACAGAAUGAAGUCAGAGGGAAAUGCCUUAAUCAGGUCUGCGGCUCUGUGAUCAGAGGCUUUUUCUAUCCUGUUCCCAUAAGAGAAGGGAGUCCUUGUCCCUGACAACAGGCAUUUCGGACAGCCUUGCUGGCUUGCCUCUUCACACCUGCUCCUGCCCCCUCCUCUCCACCCCCACACCCCACUUCUGCUUUACCCUCCUCUUCUGCCUCAACACAGGGGCCUGAGGCCUGGGGUUGGAGUAGGUAACGUUUGUGUAUCCAUAGUCUUAGCUUUUAUAGUCAGGUUUGGCUACUUUGCAGCUUACCCAAAGAGAUACAACCUAACCCCCCAACCUACUUUUUUUUGUUUGUUUGUUUAAUGAUUAAAAGUAACUUUUGUAGUUUAAAAAAUCCUUUCUUCUUUCAUACAAAUAAGAAAUGGAAAUUGCCUUUUCAUUGUAUAAUGUAGAAGAUUCACUUUAAGUGUUUUUCCCUAGCUUGUGAAAGAUUUUGUGUAAGAAAUUUGCUUACAUUUUGUAUUUUAUUUUUAGUAGUAGCUAAAGGACCUUUCGCUUUAACUCCUCUCUCUCUCUCUCUCUCUCUUUGGUCUACACUGUCAUUGAAACUGUACUUACAAGGGAUUAAGCCCAUACCUGGGCCUUCCAUUCCAUAGUAGAUGCAGGAUUUGGUGUCAUUAGCAUUUUUCCAUCAUACCUCAUAAGCAGAUCCCUGCUUUGUCGGCCUAGGUACAUCUGGGGCUCCCCGUGAGUGAUUCCUCUCUCCCUGUCUCUGCUGUGAUGGAGAGAGUUGCAGACCAGGAGAUGCCAAGCGUGUCUUCUCAGCCAUGUGUAAAGCUGGAUCAGGGAUGCCGCAUUCUCAGGGCCCCUUACAUUGGCCAGGGGAGAGCAGGGGCUGUGUGAGCUGUGUAGGAAGAGGGCUUACUAACGUGCCCCCUGCCCCUGCUUUUCUCCUCUCCAUUCCCUCCAUCUCUUCAGCUCUAGAUUUUCCUGGGCCUGGCUGGUGUCGGGUAGCCACGGGCCGCUGCUGACCCAUCCUUCUCUUUAAAAUGCCAUGUAAGUAUCAGGCACAGGCACUGUGGGGGCCUAUGAAGGUAAAAAGAAUGAACUCAAGUAGUGUUUGGUCAAUGAAAAAGGAAAGUUUUCUAUUUAAGGGCAGAAGUGUGAGCAUGGGUCAGCCUACCCACCUGUUGCAGUGGAACCAGAUCAGGUUUUGAAGGCUCCUGGAUUAGCCGGGGGUGGGAAACCUGCUCUUCUGAAUGAGGUGGGAGAAGGGACGGGCCAGCAAACGUCCAGUGCCUGUCCUUAGUACCUUGAGGAUUUUAUUUUCUCCCCUACCUGCCUUUGCUUGUCAUCCACCUCUCUGGACCUCCAAACAGCAGGCUCUUUUCUCUGGGAAGCUCUUCUUCCAGAACUGAAGCUCUAUCUGGAGACAGGAGACAUCAGCCUGGGAGCUCAAAUGGCCAUGUUAAGGGGGUUCCAAGAAUCAGCCUUGCUGCUAUUUUGAGAAAAACCUCUGCCCUCCACUCCCUCUUUGGGCAAGUCAAGGGAACUAAACACAUAUCCCUUUAGGAGGAUGCUGUGGGGGCAAGAAGACACAGAAAUUCAGAUAAUGCCAAGUAAUUAAGGGAUGUGUGCUUGGUUACUGGGUUUGCUUCCCGCCAUAGAGCAGUCCCAUAGACCAGCCAGUAAUGCUGGUCAACCCUGAAGAUUUCAAAUAGAGGCAGAUGUUGGCCUCCAAACUUCAGUUUUGAAUACUAUGAGACUGUUAGCAUCAUCAUUUAGUAAACCAUAAAUAAUAAAUAGGCUACUCAUAAAGACAUUAAUUCUGUUUUUCAUCAGGUAAACAGCAUUUCCUCUUCCCUGUCUUUGAUUACCCUGGUGAAGGAGAUGUCUUGCAAACAUUCCAAGAACAAGCACUUUUUCACUGGCUGAGCCCCGAGGAACCCAGACCGCCCCCCCGGCCCCCCCCCCCCACCCUGCCGCCCAGCUUGGCCCUUCCACAGCUCUUAACUCUGUCCUUAGAAAUGGAUGCUGAAGAUGAAAGGCCUCAGUGCCAGUUUAAGAAAGAAUUUCUGUGAAGUGUUAGGACUCUGGAGCCUCGGUCACAUAAAGAGAGUGUUAUGUAAAAAUCUGACAGCUGAACUAGGUUGCUCCUUUUGUGUGUGUGUGUGGGGGGGUGAGGUUUGACACCAGCAUAGGCAAAAUUAGAUGACCUUUCUGCUAAUAAAAAUGAUUUUGAUUUGGAGAACUAAUUUGUAGGUUGUGAGAGCAGCUUUUAGCUCAACUUAUUUACAAACCAACUAUAAUUACCAUGUUUUUUUUUCUUCCUAAAUCUCUCAGUUUAGCCUGGAUGCCAAAAGAGGGCAGUGAAUCUCAUGUGCCCAUAGAGCGGGAGUGUUGAAGUGAUUCAUCUUUAUUCUAGCCUUGAGGCAGUGUCCAGAAUUUUGGUCACAUGUGUUUCAUUAAAAUUUUUCAACACUUAUGGCUCCUUUCCUCCAUGGCCUCAGACCAAGCAAAACCACAAAGAGCAUCAGAGGCAUCUUGGGGCCCGCUCUUGAGCACACAUGUCCUACGGGGCGUGUACUUGAGUAUGACGCACAAAUGGAGACCUCCCUGCUCUUUGCAGAGGAAAUGGAUCAUCCGUGCUGGUCUUGCUCACGUCGGGGAGAUUGGAGACCGAGGAGAAGGGCUUUUGGCCUCCCCCUUGUCUGCAUGAGUCACUGCUUUGGUUCUGUCAAAUCCAGCCUUUGCAAAACCUUUAUCAAAGACACCAGCUCUCCUGCUUGCAGUGCUGACGGGACCUGUGAAACCAUUAGCAGGUAGUGCUCUAGUGAGAGCCAUUUCAUUUGAAUGCUUUUCCGCUGAGACAAUUAGGAGAAAUGUGAUAGCAUGAGCCCCUCUGGGAGGCCAGUUACAGGAGCGAGUGGGAAGCUGUGAAGGAGCCAGAGAUGGAUUUCACAUUUCCCAUUCAGUCAGUCCAUCAGUCCGUCAGUCAGUCCUAGGACUUUUCAGUUUUACUGAGGCAGAGUUCUGCAUGGAGCCCUAGGGAUUGUUGGGGAGUCAGGGGUCUGAGGAGAUUUCAUCAAUCAAUAGCUAUUCAAAAGACAAAAGAGCUAGGUCUCUCUCUCUCUCUCUCUCUCUCUCUCUUUCUCUCUCUCCCCCCCUCUUUCUGACACACACACAAAUUUACCCCUUGUUUCAAACACCCAUCUGCCUUCAAUGUGCCUUUUAUAUAUCCUCCAGGAUAACUGAAGGUUCUGUUGUCCCUGGGAGAUGUUACGGAUAGCCUUGUAGUAUUAGACUGAAGUGAGUGUGGGGAAAGAACUUUUUCCAGAGGCCCGAAAAUGGUUUCCUAAAAGUGAGCCACGAUCAGAUUUGCACAUCGGGAGAAAAGAAAUGAGGUUUUGUCCAUUAGGAAAAUCCCGUGUUGUAGAGCUGCAGUCACAUCAAAAACUGGCCAGCCUGGAUUAAAGUUAUUAUAAAUCCUCAUGGCAGAACAUGUUCUCAGGGCCAAGGAAUCUGGACCAUUCGGGGAUUGAUGCUCCUUCUCUCUGUGGCCAAAGAGCCUGCACUUAGCACAGGACAAAUCUAGGUGUUGUUUCAUUUUGUCCUUUUGGGCCAUCAUAAUUCAGGAACGCUUUAUUUUUGUCUUGGUUUUGGGAAGGAAGGGAGAUAAUAUUUCUUGAGCACUUAUUAAGUGCUGGGUACUGUGCUUAAUACAUUUUGGCUUUUAAUUUUAUCGAGAAAACAGGGCAACUAGCUACUAGGAGAUAGAUAAACCACUAAGUGGUAUGGGAAGUGCAGUUUGUGGAUUUGUUUAGGCAGAACUUUCCGGGAACUUGUAAGGUUGUCCAGGCCGGAAACACAGUGUCCAUGCCAUCUGCUGGGCCCACUGUGCAACGUUAGUUCUUUGCUUCCUGCUGGAGGUAUCCACCUGACGCUCAUGUCCUAUCUUGUUCAUCUAGUCUUCUGUGAAUUCCAGCUAGCAGGCUUUGCAUCCUGGAAAAGAAAAAACUGGGGUUUUAGCUCCAUUCCUUCUUUCCUGUCUUGGCUCACCAGCUAAGUGAGAACGUGAACUUUUUGCACCACGGACCCAUGACCUGCACUGCUUAAAGCCUCUCCCUCGCAGAUAAAAUGUUCUAUGAGUCUAUGGAAAACACCAGCACACCUUGACGAAUCGUGAGGGACCCUAUUCAAACAAUGCUGAGCAGACCCUAGACUAUAAUCAACCGUGAGCUUUAAUGUCUGUGCUGACAGGCUGGACCUCUCCUCUCUUUUGUAAUAGUUCUAUAGACUAGCAGUGUUUAAGCUAAAUGGAUUGUGAGUCUAUUACCUGUCAUAUUGUGCUGGGUUGUUUUUUUUUUUAUGGCCUUUUAUUCUUUAUCAUAGCUAAGUAAAUGCCAAAAAUUAAAAAAAAAAAAAUCUUUGUAGGAUACUUGUACUUAGUUUGGAAAAAAAAAUGAACUGAAAUUGUUAUGCUUUUGUAUUUCCAUUUCUUGCGAAUAAAAAUAUUUUUUCUUAAUUAGUAAAA